AUGACUGAGUCUUAGUGUUAAAUUUGCAUUUAAUUUGAAGCCGAAGAUAUUUGUAUCCUCUCUGAAAUGCUAAGUUAAAUUACCUCUCCAAUUUCAGACCAUAAAAUACCAAUUCAAAUGUUUCCUUACAUUUUUAAAAGUUUAAAGUUUCGUAAAUGUCUUGCUCAAAUAUUCGAUACUAAAUACCUUGAGAUAUGUGAAAAGUGCUCGCAUAAUAGACUCCAACAAGUCUUCUUGCCAUUAUUUUCAUCUUCUGUUACUGAAUACAAUGAAGCUCAAAUCACAUUACAAAUAGAAGAAGGAUUAGACAAAUUAUAUGAAUCUAUCCAAGAGAAAUAAUAAAAACUUAAGUAAUCUAAGGAAUAAUUCGAUAAAUUGGCCUCUCAACUAUUUAACUGUGAAGAUGAUGUUGAAGAGAGCAAUUCCUUAGGAGAGGAAAGUAGUAGUAAUGAAGAAAUCAUAAAAGAAAAAAAUGAUGAUGACGAGCAACAACCUAUAAUGCAGUUUAACAAAAAUUCUAAUAAAAAUAAAUUCUAAAAGAGAUCAAUAGACAUUCUUAAAAAGUGGUUUUUGGAUCAUCUCGAUAAUCCCUAUCCAGAUAAUACUGAAAAACAGAGGCUCUCUAAAAUAACUGGUAUGCAUGUUAGAUAAAUUUAAAAUUGGUUUACAAACUCAAGAAAAAGAUAUUUGGAACCUUUAAAAAAAAAAUUCGAGCAUGGAUUGAUGAAAGAAAGUGAUAGUCAAGAGGAGGAUUCUUCAAAAGAAUAGAAAAAAGCAUUAAAACUAACUUAAUAGCAACCGCCAUAAUAAUAAUAAAUUAUAUAGCCUUAAUAAUUAAAUAUACCACCACAAUAAAUACAAUAAUAAUAAUAAUUUUAAUAACAACAACAAUUGUAAUAAUAAUAACUUCUUUAAUAAUAAUUUCAAAUGCAAAUACCCCUUUAAAAGAAGGUGAAAAUGGAAGAAGGCUGCCAAAAUAAAAUAUCUGAUGCUAGCUAUAUUAAAUAAGAGGCCAAAACUGGAUCAUUUCCAACUGAUCUUCCUUAAUUUUAAUAACCUAAUCAAUUUCAAUAAUUCUAAUAGAUGUAACAACUAGCUUAGUUAUAAUAAUUAUAAUGGCUUAAUCCUCUAAAUUAAUUAAAUCCACUUUAAUUUUAACUUCCUACCUAAUUUUUAUCUCAAUAUUAUAACUUUUAAGAUCAAUCAAAAGCUCCUCCUCCUAUCAAUGGAUUAUCUUAAAUACAUUAAGUUCCAAUAUUUCCAUUAUUACCCUAAUUACAAUAGGCGGGAUUUUAAUCAUUUUUAUAGUAAGGUCCAGGAUAGCAGAUGUAAUAAUAAGUGUAAAUUCCAAAUAUCCAAUCUUAAAUACCGAAUCUGUAAGCACUUUAAGCAGGGUUUUAAUAAUUCAGUGGAUAACAUUAAAAUUCUUAAAAUGGAGUAAUCUACCCAAUGUAUUAGUAAUAAAUGCAAAAUGAAUAAAAAAAAUGA